AUGGCUCCACAUAACGUUCGGUGGGGUAUCAUGGCCACCGGCUGGAUUGCAAGUGUUGUUGCAGUUGCAUCGUCUUCCUCAAAGUCCCGUGCAGAGGAUUUUAUCUCAGAUACGGGCAUUCCUGCUCCCUGCGCUGCCCACGAGUCCUAUAGGGACCUCGUAGCCGAUCCCAAUGUAGACGUCGUCUACGUUGCAACGCCUCACUCGCACCACUUUCAAAACGUUAUGCUUGCUUUUGAAGCGGGUAAACAUGUUCUAUGUGAAAAAGCUUUCACUGUCAAUGCGGCCCAGGCAAAGAUUCUCUGCGAAACGGCGAAAACGAAGAAUCUCUUUUUAAUGGAAGCCGUCUGGACUCGGUACUUCCCACUUAGCGUACAGGUUCGUGGAUUAAUUCAGGAUGGCACUCUUGGUGAGGUUCUGCGUGUGCUGGCCGAUAAUAGCUUUGGAGAUGACAUGGAGGAAAGAUGGGGUAUCGAGCAUCGGAUGGUUAACAAGGACCUGGCUGGCGGGGCGCUGCUUGAUUUGGGUAUUUACUCCUUGACCUGGGUCUUCCAGGCUCUGUAUCACACUCUUCCCCGCGAGUCGCGCAAGGCACCCUCACGGAUCUCAUCGCAUAUGUCUCUUUACCACCUCACUGGUGCUGAUGAAGCAACAUCCAUUCUCCUUACCUUCCCCACCAGUACUCCGUCCAACCUUCCUCCCCUAGGUGAAUCGCAGGCAGUGGCUAUGACACAUCUCCGAGUAUCGACCAAUGUCGACGACAAACCCGUCCAGCCUUCGGUCCGCAUUCAGGGCACCAAAGGUGAGAUCCAGAUAUACGGCCCUGCGUUCCGGCCGGAGCGGUACCGAGUUGUUCCGAAGGGCGAGGGGGAAGUCAAAGAGGUGGAAUGUUCAUUUCCUGGUGAAGGAAAGGGCAUGUACUGGGAGGCGGACGAGGUCGCACGGUGCUUGCGGGAUGGUAAGCUUGAAAGUGAUAGCAUGCCAUGGGAGGAGAGCAUCAUUAUUAUGGAGGUCAUGGAUGAGGUCAGGCGUCAGGGUGGAUUAGUUUAUCCUGAAAACAUUGAGUCCACAGUUUACCCUACACCGAUGUAA